GAGCGGGCUCCCGGGGCGCUUCGGCCCCAAGGAAGCUGUGGGGCGGAUCACCUUCGUGGGCUUAUCUGAGCAGGGAGGACGCCCAAGGUGUGGACACUGCCAGCGGCUGCAGCCAACGUGGAAUGACCUGGGAGACAAGUACAACAGCAUGGAGGACACCAAGGUCUAUGUGGCUAAGGUGGACUGCACGGCCGACUCGGACGUGUGCUCUGCCCAGGGCGUGCGAGGCUACCCCACCCUGAAGUUUUUUAAGCCUGGCCAAGAAGCAGUGAAGUACCAGGGCCCUCGAGACUUCCAGACCCUGGAGAGCUGGAUGCUGCAGACGCUGAACGAGGAGCCCCUGCAAGGUCCAGAGACAGGAGCCCCUGAGACCGUGGAGCCCUCAGAGGCCCCGGUGCUGGCUGCGGAGCCAGUGGGAGACAAGAGCACUGUGUUGGCCCUCACAGAAAAGAACUUCGACGACACCAUUGCAGAAGGAAUAACCUUCAUCAAGUUCUACGCCCCAUGGUGCGGUCACUGUAAGAAUCUGGCCCCCACCUGGGAGGAGCUCUCCAAGAAGGAAUUCCCUGGCUUGGCAGAGGUCAAGAUCGCCGAGGUUGACUGUACGGCGGAGCGGGAUGUGUGCAGCAAGUACUCGGUCCGAGGCUACCCUACGUUACUGCUCUUCCGUGGUGGUAAAAAAGUGAGCGAGCACAGAGGCAGUAGAGACCUCGAGGCUUUACACCACUUCGUUCUGCGCCAGGCAAAAGAUGAGCUAUAGAGGCCCUGCUGGAGGUCACGCGUCCCGCAGCGCCGGCGUGUAGGGGGGACAUCAUGUGCUUCCGUGUUCCCCUGGCGUGGCUCACAGAGCUAACUGCACUAAGUUGGUGGUGACUUCUUUGUGUGUUUAAGCCAACACACGCUGCGGAUUCUUGAGUUUUUCUAAGUCAAGUGUAAUUCUUGGUCACUGUGCAAACUGAGUCUCUUCGGAGGGAUCCAUCCCUUUAACCUCCCUUGAUGAAAUUAAUGGUUUCUUUUGAGACUAAAAUAGAGUCAAGGGAAAUCAAAUUGCUGGACAAUGUUUGACUUCCAAGUGAUUCUGCAAAAGCGUCAUCCAAAAGCCUAGUUUUCUAACUGUCCUGGAGUCUUGAAAAGGUGGCCUGUAGCAGGACUGAUGUCUCUAAUCCGAAGGUCAUAAAUGACCAUUAAUGACAUAGAUGGUCUGUAGCUUGGAGCAGAUUUCAAAACAAAAACCCACGCUCUAGAAGAUCUGGAUUUUCGAUUGGCUCUUCUUAGCGUGAGUGGCCAGCCGUAAGGAAAGCAGUGGCUGCUGAGGCCUGCCUCGUGGGGGCACUUGUCACGUUGGCUGCUGUCAGAGAAUCCUGCUGCCUGGUGCUCACAGGGCAAGAUUUCAUUAGUCCCUGCAUGAGCGUGCAGCCCACGUCCGUGUGCUCAUUAAGAUCCGAUGUCUUCCCUAGAAUGGUGGCUGGUCCUGACAUUCCCUCAGCGUGCGACAGAUUGUGGUUGCAUGUGCUGUCUGGGUGGUGGGACCAGCCCAGUCUCCUCCGCCUGGCAUUCCAGGGACCUGCAGCCCCACACUGGCACCCCUCGGAACAUUCUCAUCUUGCUUCUCAGUAGUCUUUUUAGCAGCUUGCUGUAUGUUGUCUGCCUUCCACGAGGUCAACCUUAUAAUGUAUGAACAGUGGGCUUCAUUGGACACCAGCACCAAAUACUGAAGCUGGAGGGCUGUGCGGGUAUUCACGCCAUCCUGGUUAGUAGCAGUUUUCACUGUGCCCUCGGACACAAGCACCUGUAGGACCAAGAUGCGUAUCUAUGCUCUCUGUCAUCGAGUUGCUUACUGUGAAACCAGGCCGUGGCCAGUGCCUCCCCCUCCCUCCCAGGACACUGGGCAUGUGCAGCUGGUAGUAGGAAGCUCAUAAACGAGACCGAGUCUGCUGUCUGUGGCAGCGGGUAACAAAGCGUCUCCCAGCCUCUGCCUUAAAGGACACCUUUAUUAAUCAUGUGUGGUUCACAGGCAAGCAGUG